CAGCAGUUUUGCCAUAACCUCACCUUUCGCGCCUGAUGCGAAAUGGUAAACAUCCCAGUUUUCAGCUGAAAAUCUCUGUUAUUCCCAGUGACAAUGAUCCCUGCAUUGCUGCGGACCCUCAGGAACACAUCCAAGCGCACUUCCGCGCAGUUAUACUGGAGAUUCGAAGCGGAGAGAUGCGGUUUUUCCACACUUCGCCCUGACCUGGCAUCUGCGGAUGAUGAUACUGCGGAUCCCACUGCAAAUCAGGUGUUUGAAGACUAUCGGCGGAAGAACAUACUGCUGAUCAAGCUGAAAGCACUGAUGAGAUGUAGCCACACUGACGCGAAGAGAUUCAUAGACUCCUCGAAGUACCUCAAGACGAUGGAGCACAACAGCAUUCUGGACAGCGUGCGGUAUUUGCAGAUCCGGAAAGCCCCCGCGCAAACAAUCAUGGAGAAUCCCUGGCUUCUGCUGCAGAGUAAGACUGUCUUGAGGGGAAAGUUCCUCUCGUUGCACGCCAUGAAUCCCAGGGAAUUGAUCGACUUCAUACCGCUGCUGCGAAUGUCUUCUCUGGCACUGUCACGGCUCGUCCAGAAGUAUGAACAGGAAAGUGCCCAGAUCCCUGGGAAACAUCGACUGUACUACAUUAGUGAUCGUCUCGAAGUGGAGCCAAAGAUCGUGGCCAAGUAUCUGUCGACGCACCAGUUCAUGUUCUACAUCUCCUUGCCGUCUCUGUUUGAGAAUCUGGACAUCAUGAUGAGGUACAACAUCGCGCCGAUGAACAUCCUCAAAGAUCUGUGGGCUUUCCGCUACAAUUCCGUGUCCAUCGAGUUCCGCCUGCAGCGCGCUCAGCAGGCGGCCGUGGAGAAGCCCAUGCCGUGGAUGGUGAGAUGUCCCAAGGCGAUCUUCGACAAAUCGAUCCAACUGCAGCAGGAAAAUCGCGCUUUGCUGGGCUCGAACGAGACCACGCUGGACUAUCUAUCCGAGCGUCUGGGCUACGAUCUCGAGACCACCAAGUACAUCGCGUCCAAGCAUCCGGCGGUCUUGCGCGUGCGGAUGACGAAAGUGAAGGAGAUUCUGGACUUCCUGCUCCUCGAGGCCGGCUACAAACCUCACGACAUCGCUCAGGUGCCGCGAGUCCUCUGCCACAGCUUGGACACCACCAAAGCGCGCCUGGCGGAGCUCAAGGAAAUGGGCUGCGUGCCCUCAACACUAGUGAUCAUCUGCAAGAGCCAGCGCGAGUUCGAGAAGUUCGUCAAUCAUUGGCUCGCCACGCGCGACAAAUUGGGCAUUUCGGAGAAUCAGAAGUAGAAUGACUGGAC